UUAUAUUAUUAUAAUUACUCUUAUCUUGUUUUUUUUUAGUGCAAGUAAUACUGACACAAACGCGAUUAGAAAAUAACAAUUUGCAGUUUGGGGCUUCCGUAGUCGACACUUCCGGGACGAGCUCGCGCGUGUGGUAAACAAGCAUGGACGACUCGGACGCAUGGGACAAUGUGGCCGGAGGUCCGAGUUUGAAGAACCUCACGGAUGGAAGCUUCGGUGUGCUCAAACAGAGCCAAUGUGCUGCUGUGCAGGACUUGGUCAAAACGCACAUUGACUCCUUCGACCAUGCCAUCGGCGAAGGGCUCAGCCGCGUUGUGCAGGCCAUCCCGCCGCUGGAGUUCAUGCUGAACGGCGAGCGCAUCGGCCUGGCGUUCGUGGAGGCCGUCGUGCACCCGCCAGCCGUGUCCAAGGCCAGCGUGUGCCGGGAGAUGAGGGUCUUCCCGGCAGAGUGUCGCGGCAGGCGAUGCUCAUACAAGGGCAAGAUAGUGGCGGACGUGAGCUGGUCGGUGGACGGUGUUCCAAAAGGGAUCAUCAAGCAGGGGCUCGGGCAAAUUCCCAUCAUGGUCAAGUCCAAGCUGUGUAACCUGCACGGGAUGACGCCGCGGCAACUGGUGGAACACCACGAAGAGGCUGAGGAAAUGGGCGGCUACUUCAUCGUGAACGGCAUCGAGAAGGUGAUCCGCUUGCUGAUCAUGCCCCGGAGGAACUACCCCAUCGCCAUGUCACGACCCAAGUGGAAGAGCAGAGGCCAGGGCUACACGCAGUACGGUUUGUCCAUGCGCUGCAUGAAGGGGGAGCACACGGCGGUCAACAUGAACCUUCACUACCUGGAAAACGGAACCGUCAUGCUCAACUUCAUAUACCAGAAGGAACUUUACUUUCUGCCGCUCGGCUUCGUACUGAAGGCUCUGGUGGACCUGAGCGAUGCGGAGAUUUUCUCGGAGCUGAUCAAAGGUGUGGAGGAGAACGCGCUGUACCGCAGCUGCGCCUGCGAGAUGCUGCGCUUGGUGUUGGGACAGGGCUGCACGUCACGCUCCAAAGUCCUGGACUACCUGGGACGGCGCUUCCGCGUCAAACUCAACCUGCCCGAGUGGUACAGCGAACAGCAAUGCGCCGACUUCCUGCUGGACGAGUGCAUCUGCAUCCACCUGCAGACGGGCAUGGAGAAGUUCCGGCUGCUGUGCCUGAUGUGCCGCAAGCUGUUCAGUUUCGCCAAGCGGGAGAGCCUGGAGGAGAACCCGGACAGCAUCGCCUGCCAGGAGGUCCUCACGCCGGGGCAGCUCUACCUCAUGUUCCUCAAGGAGAAGAUGUGGGCGUGGCUGCUGUCAAUCAAGUCGGCCAUGGCCAAGCGAUCGAAUCGCCUGAAGGGCGGCUGGACGGCGGAAAACAUCAUCAAGAUGUUCAACAUGGGAAGCGAAGUCACCAAACCCUUCGAGUACCUGCUGGCCACCGGCAACCUCAGCUCCAGGACGGGUCUGGGCAUGCUGCAGAACACGGGCCUGUGCGUGGUGGCCGACAAGCUCAACUUCAUCCGCUACCUGUCGCACUUCCGCUGCGUGCACCGCGGCGCCGCCUUCACCAAGAUGCGCACCACGUCGGUGCGCAAGCUGCUGCCCGAGUCUUGGGGCUUCCUGUGCCCCGUGCACACCCCCGACGGCGAACCCUGCGGCCUCAUGAACCACAUGACGGCCAGCUGCCAGGUGGUGACGGCCUCGGCGCCCACCGUGGGGCUGCCCGCCCUCCUCUGCUCGCUGGGCGCCGCCCCGGCCGACGCCGCCCCCGCCGGCCUUUACGCCGACUGCUACCCGGUCCUGCUGGACGGCGCCUUGGUGGGCUGGGUGGAGGCCCGCGUGGCCCCCGGCUUGGUGGACUCGCUGCGCAGGUUCAAGGUACGGCAAAUUGCACGGCUUUUUUUUGGCAAUUUUCCUUCUUGGCGGAAACUUGGAGCGCCGUUCUCCCUCCAGGUUCUGCGGGAGAAGAAGGUUCCUCCCUGGACCGAGAUUAUUCUGGUGCCCAAGACGGGCAAAGCCAGCUUAUACCCGGGCCUGUUCCUGUUCACCACGCCGUGCCGCAUGGUGCGCCCCGUGCGCAACCUGGCGCUCGGCAAGCGGGAGCUCAUCGGAACUUUUGAGCAGCUUUACAUCAACGUGGCCGUGACGGAGGCGGAGGUGCAGGCGGGCGUCAGCAGCCACCAGGAACUCUUCCCGCAUAGCAUGCUCAGCGUGGUGGCCAGUUUCAUCCCCUACUCGGACCACAACCAGAGUCCCAGGAACAUGUACCAGUGCCAGAUGGGUAAGCAGACGAUGGGCUUCCCCCUUCACGCCUUCCGGGAGCGUUCGGACAACAAGCUGUACCGGCUGCAAACGCCGCAGAGUCCGCUGGUGCGCCCGUCCAUGUACGACCGCUACCAGCUGGACAACUACCCCAGCGGCACCAACGCCGUGGUGGCCGUCAUCUCCUACAGCGGCUACGACAUGGAGGACGCCAUGAUCGUGAACAAGUCGUCAUGGGAACGCGGCUUCGCUCACGGCUGCAUCUACAAGACGGAAAUGGUGGACCUGGCCAAGCAGGCGCGGGGCCAGGACGGCGUGGUGUUCGGGACCAAGCCGGGCGACCCCAAGGUCAACCGGCAACUGGAUGCCGACGGGCUUCCCCCGGUGGGGGCCAUGCUACGCUACGGUGACCCCUUCUACAGCUACAUCAACCUGAACACCGGUCAGGCCUUCGUCUCCUUCUACAAGAGCCCCGAAGCCUGCGUGGUGGACAACAUCAAGGUCUGCGGGAACGACACCGGCACGGGCUCCUUCAAGCGGGUGUGCAUCACCAUGCGGGUGCCUCGCAACCCCACCAUCGGCGACAAGUUCGCCAGCCGCCACGGCCAGAAGGGCAUCCUGAGCCGCCUGUGGCCCGCCGAGGACAUGCCCUUCAGCGAGAGCGGCCUCAGCCCCGACAUCCUGUUCAACCCGCACGGCUUCCCGUCGCGCAUGACCAUCGGCAUGCUGAUCGAGAGCAUGGCGGGCAAAUCGGCCGCCCUGCACGGGCUCAGCCAUGACGCCACGCCCUUCGUCUUCUCCGAGGACAACUCGGCGCUCGACUACUUUGGCGAGACGCUCCGGGCCGCCGGCUACAACUAUUACGGGACCGAGCGCCUCUACAGCGGCACCAGCGGCCUCGAGCUGGAGGCAGACAUCUUCAUCGGUGUGGUUUACUACCAGAGGCUCAGGCACAUGGUGUCUGACAAGUUCCAGGUGCGUACGACGGGGGCCCGCGACAAGGUGACCAACCAGCCGGUGGGCGGCAGGAACAUCCAAGGCGGCAUCCGCUUCGGCGAGAUGGAGCGCGACGCGCUGCUGGCGCACGGCUCGUCCUUCCUGCUGCACGACCGCCUCUUCAACUGCUCCGACCGCUCGGUGGCGCAGGUGUGCGUGGACUGCGGCAGUUUGCUGUCGCCGCUGCUGGAGAGGCCGCCGCCCUCGUGGUCGUCCACGCGCCACCGCCGCACCGUCUGCUCGCUCUGCGGCAAGAGCGACUCGGUGGAGUCGGUGUCCGUGCCGUACGUCUUUCGCUACUUUGUGGCCGAGCUGGCCGCCAUGAACAUCAAAGUCAAGCUGGACGUCAAGUGAACGACGCCGGGGGGUGG